UCCAAAAAGAGAAAAAAAGAAAAAGUCUCAGCAAGUGAUCUACCCUUAUGGCCUCAUCUAAGGGGGAACAUGAGAAGAAGAAAAAAACACCCCACAUUCCCCACUCCACGUAUACCCUUGCAUGUCACCAAAAUAGGACCUUUAAUCCCACACUUGUCCCUUCCACACACUCCCCUUUCUUUUUACGCCUCUCUUCCUCUUUUGAAUCUCUUUUUCUCUCUUUCUCUCUCAUUCUCUCAAAUUCACUUCCAAACAAACAUUAUUCUUCAAGCUUCAACUCUCUACCAUGGCUGAUCGUAACCCAAGUUCAGCCCAAACGCAAAGACCCACAACAACAACAACAAGACCCACAACCUCAGCGGCAUUUCUUCGAAAACUUCAAGAGCAUUCCCCGAACUCAACCCAACUCGCUGGCCUCUUAACCCUUCUGGUAACCGGAUCCAUAUUGCUCCUUCUCACCGGUUUAACCGUCGCAGGAACCAUUAUGGGUCUGAUCUUCUUCUCGCCGUUGAUCAUUGUGUCGAGCCCAAUAUGGGUCCCAGCUGGCACGCUUCUCUUUCUUGCCACCGCAGGGUUCUUGUCCAUGUGCGGAUUCGGACUUGUCCUUGUGGCUUCGGUUUCUUGGAUGUACCGUUACUUCAGGGGUCUCCACCCGCCCGGUUCGGACCGAGUCGACUACGCUCGGAACCGGAUUUACGACACGGCCAGCCACGUCAAAGACUAUGCUAGAGAAUACGGUGGGUAUUUGCAGAGUAAGGUGAAGGAUGCGGCACCCGGCGCUUGAGAACCGGGAGAACCGAACCGCUUCCCCUUGUUGAACCAAACCGGUUCGGCUUUUUAUGUUAAAUGUUAUGGCCAGUUUAUGGUGUGUGUAUCUCUGUAGAAGUUCCCUCAACUUUUUUUUUUUUAUUCUUUUGUUCUUUUUUUUUUGCUUUGAUGUAAUCGUGUCUGUGUCUGAGUGCUCGUUCCUCUACUUUCCACGUACUAUUGUAUUUUGAUUUUGACCUGAGCAUCC